AUGAAGGCCGCCACGUCUCAGUUGGCCAUUGAAAUUGGUAUCAUCGACGCACACAGUGCACUCCAUCGACAAAAGGCCCUCCGCAGCCCUAGAGCCAGUUCUUCCGUACCCAUUGUGAAUAUCUCCAAGGCCCAGCCCGGGCAAGCCCUCACCAACCUCCUCGAAAACUCCCCUCGUCUCCACGAGCGCCUGAAACUCCUCGCUCGGCCACAGAUCCUCGAGGCGCACGGCCGCGUACAAGCUCACCACUUUUUCAGAUCCGCCCCGUCCCCGCCCUGGCACGGCGGCGGCCCGUCCUCGUAG